AUCAAGCGAUCAAGAUUAGGCCGCACGAGAAAUGUGCAGAAGUCGAACGUUUUGUUGUAUAUCCAAUUAUCGGCCGCACUGGUACGGAUGUAGUAACCGGUGUUCAUCUGAUUGUGAAACAACAAAAAUAAACACUGGCCACUGGCUACCACUGAACCUCUGGUGGACAUACCUUACCGUAAUGCAUACGCUCAAGGAUAUCGAGAUGCAAUUCAAUCGUGGAACUGUUGCGCGUAGUACGAAGAGAGCCGGUAAUGUUGCAGUACUUGCUACUCGUCAGCUCCAUCUGUGACAGUACGGGCACUAGCUUGGAGAACAGUUUGGAAUGUUAGUAGAGAAAUUAACCCAGACCCAGUUUCUCCUUUCUCUACCCUCGAGCUAAUUCCGGGCACUUGAGCCAUCUUUCCACGGAACAGUAUUAGACAGGCGAAGAGGAUAGUGGCGGUACGUAGUAGCAUGGUGAAUACAACUCUGAAGCAGAUAUAGUGCGAUGGGAGACAUUUAUUGGAAAAUACGGGGAGUUAAUUUUGUUGUUGAGGGUUAUUAAGGAAUAAUUUAGGUGAUUGUAGCUAGUUAAUAGCCCAUUUUCAAAGGGGUAUAGAUAUUGGAGCGAGGAGAUGUGUAUGAGUGUGCAUUAGCUUGAAUAGUUUAACUUGUUUUAGAACUCGUCAAUCAUAUGCUGGUUCUCACCCGAUUUGGAUUUGAAGAGCAUUGGCUUUGCGGAUGACAUCUAUAACUGCGGAAGUACAUCUAAGGUGGUCAUUGUCCGGAUGUACUAACUGUGAGUAAGUCCAGCUGAGAAUCAGAGUAUCUGUUGCCGGUGUAUCUCGAAGAUCAAUUCUACCGGCAAUACAAAAUGGCGGACGAGUUACAUCAGACGAUGAUCGUUCUUGGAGCUUCAGAACUUUCAGUUUAUUGAAGAUUUUCUCUGAAAAUCUGGCGCGAAAAGACCUUCAAACCACCAAUCUUUCUCAUCCGUCCGUACCAGUACGAACGAAACACGGUCUCCUACCCGUAAAUCCGAAGCUAGUUUCCGGCAGAAAGGAUGGUAGCUUUAUCAGUGUUACAUCUCGGUACACGAUACGUUCGGGCAUGACCGGACAGUGGGCCGGCACCUUGCCACGGUUCUGUAAAUCUUCCAACACAAUCGAACCGAACCGAUCAAUACUGGGUCGCUCAAACGCGAACCGAUGUUCAUCUGUAAAAUGGUGACAAGAAAAUGAUGCUUUGAGUGGAGGAUGGCCGCUUACCCUAAGAUCGUGGAGUGGAAGCAGCACAUGGACCAGCAGUUCCAUGGUAAAGUUUUGAAGGGAUCCAUGCCGAUUGAUGGUGUGUUCGAGGAGUUGAUGUACCUGUUACCUUCAACCAUUGCCUUGCUCAGUAUGGGUUUAAGCUAGAAUGAUGUGGAAAAAGGGUUUGAUUAGGAUGGUUUGAAGCGGAAUUAAAAGAGAGACGAUAUGUUUACUGACGACUGAUGUAAGGUUGGCGAGAAGGCAAGAAUAGACGGCAAUCGUUGCAAUAUCCCCAAACAUUACAAGGAGUUGAUGUUCUGGAGCACUGCGCUAUGGGGCAUGCAAUUUCGGCUGUGCCGAAAUGGCUACUGUAGAAUGUUGUAUGAAGUUCACACCGAUUUGUUAGACAAAUAGUAUUUUAAUUGUAGGUUUGACGGACUUCAAUUUCAUUAAGCGAAGUACAAUCGUGGCGCGAUAUCUAAACGUUGAGAUCACAAAAAAGAUUGAGAUUGAAGCGAAUAAAAUUUUCCGAACCGUAUGCCUGUUGUACCAUUAGGACCGACGCGUGAAGCACAGCAAUGGCAGGUGAAUCGAGAGUCCCAUUGCUGGCGAUCGGUUGGACACUGUUGGUGGCUACGUUGUUCGUCGACGCUAAGCAUAUCGUUUAUAUGAACAGGGUGGAAGUGAUCAACAAUUUGAAGUAUGCCAAUGCUACUGCCGACAUCCGACGGUAUGGCCCAUCGUUGCGGAACUAUGUUGCAGACUUUCGUGUCGAAGCGUUCCAAACGUUUACCAACGCAAUGGUUUCUACCAUAUACUACGUUCCCAAUCUGGCCGGCAGGUACGAUAAGGCGUUCUACAACCGGACGAUUAACUUCUGCACCUAUCUCCGGCAACCGGCGACCGAUCGCGUACUGAAGAUGGUGUACGAAAAUCUGAUGCAACGUGGACAUCUGCCCAAGCGCUGUCCCAUCACGGCUGGAACGUACGCGUUCAACACAAGCUUCGAUGGGCUGCAACUGCCCGGAUUUCUGCCGGAAAGUAACUUCCGCUUUGAUCUUAACUUUCACCGUGGUGCACCGAACUAUGAGCUUGUCUUUCACGGUUAUUGGUAUGGAGAGAUACGGCGAGUGGCAUCCUAACUGGGUGCGUUUCGCGCACUCGACGAUGGAUAUCGUGGAGGUAAGCUGAAUUGUAUUGCGUUGUUAGUAGGGAGUAGGGACGUUACGGAACAAUAAAUAUGCCAACCUAGGACAGGAGUUAAUAGCUGGACUCUUCAAGAAUAGAGACUUUUUUGCGCUCGCCACUGCUC